CCUGGCAGCAGCAUGAGGAGGCGGUACAGGGGCCCAUGGCAGAGUGGCAGAGCGUAAGCAGCUAAAAUUGAAGGCCAUACAGAGGCCUAUGUUAAAAAGUCCCCCCAGCAGCAGCGUGGGGAGACGACUAUCAAGAGUUCAAUUGAAGCAGAAGCAGCUUCAAUUGAAGGCCAUACACAGGCCUAGGUUUAAAAAGACACACAGAGAUGGCUUGGGAACAAGCAUGAAUGAGUGCCCUCAGAGCAAGCAGCUUGCUGUGGGGGCACUCGGCAGGGGGUGAGAAGCCAGGAGCUCCAGCUGAGGACUCAAGAAGAGGAGGAUCAG